GAAAAAAAAAAAAAGAAUUAGAAUUUUAGAUACAUGGCGUUUUCGCAUAGCUCUUGGAGUGGAGUUGGUGUGAGAAAAACCGAAAGAGAAGCAGGGUUAGGGUUCUAGGACAAGGUUUUUAGCAUCACAGUCCAUAAAAAAAAAAGAAAAAAAAACCUUCUCUACUCUAUUCUUUAACUUCCUGUUUCUAUUUUCUCUUUUGCUCUGGUCUCUCACCAAGAAAAGAAAAAAAAAAAAAAAUUACACAGAGAGAGAUAGCAAAGAGUAUUAAUGAGCAGCUGGAAAAGUUUGCUACUUCGAAUCGGCGACAAAUGCCCAGACUACGCCAACUCUUCCGACUUCAAAGACCAUAUCGAAACAUGCUUUGGUGUUCUUCGGCGAGAGCUGGAGCACUCCGCCAAUGACAUUUUGAAGUUCCUUAUCGAGUGUGCUGAACAAUUGCCUCACAAGAUUCCUUUUUACGGAACAGUGAUUGGUUUGAUCAACUUGGAAGAUGAAGAUUUUGUUAAGAAAUUACUGGAGAGUACUCAAAAUAACUUUCAGGAUGCCCUAGAUUCUGGAAACUGUAACAGAAUUCGUACUUUAUUGAGAUUCCUGACUGUUAUGAUGUGCAGUAAAGUCCUUCAACCCAGUUCUUUAGUGGUUGUUUUUGAAACAUUAUUGUCAUCAGCUGCCACAACAGUUGAUGAGGAGAAAGGGAAUCCAUCAUGGCAAGCACGAGCUGACUUUUAUAUUCAAUGUAUCUUAUCUUGCCUCCCUUGGGGAGGAGCAGAACUUACUGAGCAAGUUCCUGAGGAGGUUGAAAGAGUUAUGGUUGGCAUAGAAGCUUAUUUAAGCAUCAGAAGGCAUGGUUCUGAUGCUGGUCUGUCUUUCUUUGAGGAUGAUGAUGAUAGUGAGAAAGGAAAUGGUCACAAGGAUUUCUUGGAGGAUUUAUGGGGCCGCAUACAAGUAUUAUCUAGCAAUGGGUGGAAGCUUGAUAGUGUUCCACGACCUCACCUAUCAUUUGAAGCACAGCUAGUUGCUGGAAAGUCUCAUGAAUUUGGGCCCAUCAAUUGCCCCGAUCAACCCACUCAGCCUUCAACAAAUUCUGCUAUAAGUUAUGGUAAACAAAAGCAUGAAGCAGAAUUGAGGUAUCCUCAAAGGAUACGCCGACUUAAUAUAUUUCCUGCAAGCAAAACUGAGGAUCUACAACCCAUAGAUCGCUUCAUUGUGGAAGAGUAUCUUCUGGAUGUGCUUUUUUACUUCAAUGGCUGUCGCAAGGAAUGUGCGUCAUUCAUGGUUGGUCUACAUGUGCCCUUUAGAUAUGAACAUCUUAUGGCAGAGACAAUUUUCUCUCAGAUACUUAUGCUACCACAUCCUCCAUUCAAGCCAAUAUAUUACACGCUGGUUAUUAUCGACCUCUGUAAGGCUCUUCCUGGCGCCUUUCCUGCUGUAGUAGCUGGUGCAGUUCGUGCUCUUUUUGAAAAAAUAGCUGAUCUGGAUAUGGAAUGUCGCACACGUCUCAUUCUUUGGUUUUCACACCAUCUAUCAAACUUUCAGUUCAUCUGGCCUUGGGAAGAGUGGGCUUAUGUCCUAGAUCUCCCAAAAUGGGCUCCCCAACGUGUAUUUGUUCAGGAGGUUUUGGAAAGAGAAGUUCGUUUGUCAUACUGGGACAAAGUUAAGCAGAGUAUUGAAAAUGCCCCUGGUUUAGAAGCGUUGCUUCCUCCCAAGGGUGGGCCAAACUUCAAAUUUAGUGGUGGAGAUAGUGGUGAACUGCAUGCACUGUCUGUAGAACUCAGUAACUUGGUGAAAGGAAGAGCAGCUGCCCGUGAAAUGAUUGUAUGGAUAGAAGAAAAUGUAUUUCCUGUGCAUGGAUUAGAACUUACCCUAAAAGUGGUUGUGCAAACAUUCUUGGACAUUGGAUCAAAAAGUUUCACUCAUUUAAUUACUGUACUGGAGAGAUAUGGUCAAGUCAUUGCAAAGAUAUGUUCGGACCAGGAUAAGCAAGUCAUGUUAAUUGCAGAAGUAGAUUCUUUCUGGAAGAACAAUGCACAAUGGGCAGCUAUAGCAAUUGAUAGGAUGAUGGGUUACCGGCUUUUAUCUAAUUUGGCCAUUGUGAGGUGGGUCUUCUCUCCAGAAAACAUUGAGCAGUUCCACCUGUCUGAUCGUCCUUGGGAGAUUCUAAGGAAUGCAGUUAGUAAGACAUAUAACCGUAUCUGUGAUCUGAGGAAAGAGAUAUCCUCCCUGAAGAAGGGUAUUUUAUCAGCUGAAGAAGCUGCUGCAAAGGCAAAAAUGGAGCUUGAGACUGCCGAGUUGAAGCUUUCACUAGUGGAUGGUGAACCUGUUCUUGGUGAGAACCCUGUGAGGUUGAAGCGUUUAAAAUCAUAUGCAGAGAAGGCGAAAGAGGAGGAGACGUCAAUUCGUGAAUCUUUAGAGGCUAAGGAGGCUCUUCUUGCCCGAGCCCUUGAUGAAAAUGAGGCACUAUUCCUCUCUUUGUACAAGAACUUCUCUACUGUACUGAAUGAACGCUUGCCAGAUGCAUCUAGAGCUGGAACAUUGCAAGAGUUGAAGUCUAUUUAUGCAGAUAGCAUGGCUAUUGACAUUGAAGAAUCGUCAGAAAUGGAUGUGGACAACGAGAAUGGAAAACCCAAAAAAAAAAGUCAAUCAAAUGGUGGGAAGAUGGGCGUUUAUAAUUUAGGUGAGAAAGAACAGUGGUGUUUGUCAACUCUAGGCUAUCUCAAAGCAUUCUCAAGGCAAUAUGCUUCUGAGAUAUGGCCUCAUAUCGACAAGUUGGAUGCACAAGUAUUAACAGAUGAGAUGCAUCCUCUUUUCCGGAAAGCAGUUUAUUGUGGUCUGCGUCGAUCGAUGAAUGGGGUUUGAAUCUGGUUUUAUUUUUGUCAUUGACAUCUUUCACUUCUACCUCUGUAAAUUAUGGGACCUGAUGAGUUGGGGUUGGGGGCAAGGCAUGAGGUUACUUUUUAACCUCACCUUUAUGUAACCAUAACAAUUAAUCUAGGAGUUGAGGAUGAUGGUAAACUUUUUUUUUUUGGCCCUGUAGUUUUUUAAUUUUUAAGCAUUGAGUAAAUUCCACCAUGAUUUAUUCAGGAAAUAGAAUUAUUAACUUGGUUUGCCGUAGA